AUGGCGGAGGCGCAGGAGCAGCAGCUGCGGCUGGACCUGGAGGAGUUGACGCGGCUCCGGGCUUUGGCGAAGAGACCCCGCGUCGUCUCCCUGCUCUCCUCCGAGAUCCGAUCUCUCUCCGACCAGGUGGAGGAAACCCUCUCUCACUCUUUGCUUCUCCUCGUCGUCCUCGUCCUCCUCCUCUCCGCCUUCUUCUUCUUCUUUGCAUUGUGGAAUCGCUCAAUGCGAUUUGUGAUUCGAACACUUCCCCCAGCUCCCGAACGUGGGCCCCGCCCCCGCGCCCGCCCCCACUGCCACCGUCGUGGCGUCCCCGUCGACCGCGGCGUCUGCGCUCAACUACGUCACUCUGGGCUCCUUCAGCUGGGACCAGGACAACGACAAGCUCAAGGUAAUGGCGUUGUUCUAGAGAUGCUGACCGGGGUAAACAUUUUUGGCCUAGGCCUCUUCGAACUCUUCGACCACCAUUUGCUACUCUCUGGUUCCCACCGUAAUCCUGAUUUUCCCGGUUGGCAUUUACACUGAAAUUCUUCAUGCCAUCCCUUCAGAUUUACGUUUCCCUGGAGGGGGUGGAGCAGGAGAAGGUGGACGCCGUGUUUAAGCCGACGUCCGUGGACAUCAAGUUCCACGGCGUCCAAGGGAAGAACUACCGAUGCGCCAUAGCCAAGCUGAACAAGGAAAUCGACCCCGGAAAAUGCAGAGCGGUCGUCAAGCCGUCGAGGGUUAUCAUAACUCUGCAAAAGGCCUCGAAAGGGAAUUGGCUGGACCUGCACUUCAAGGAAGACAAGGUGGAUCCUCUGUUCUAGUAGAUUCUGAAUUAAAUGCUAUCACAUAUGCUGCCAAAAAAUUAUUUUCAAGGAAGAUCCUCUUUGAAUUCCCUGGUUCGAAUCUGCUACUGCAUUAUCUUUACGGAGAAAUAUGGUUUCGAGUGGUACUCUGGCCGCCGUGGAUAUCUUUUAGGGGCUUGUUAGGGGAAUUUGAUGAUGUCACGCAUGAUGGUGAGGAUGAGGGCGUAGAAAGUGGAGCCAACUUAGGAAGUGGAUCCGUUAUCUUGGGUUUGUUCAUCUAAAAAUCUGGAGCUCUGGCUGGAAUUCUAUGGCCCAUACUUGUGAAUAAUGACCUUGCAACCCCCAGCUGGGAUCUCAACCCAUGCUUCUGGAUCUUGACCCCGGAGCUGAUUAACUGAACACCCACCCACCCGCUCUGAUGAUAUCAUGGUUGCUUGUUAUGAUUUAGGGGUUUUGGUUUUAUGAACAGCCUGAACUGAAAAAGCCCUCCUUUUUUUCGCACUCUUGUGAACGAUUCUCCUGAAAUUAUAUAAUCUGGAGUGGGUUUUAGUUUCAAUCACGCUCGACGUAUUCGGCAUUGGAGAUGAACAAAGAAUAUGUAGUCAUUUAUGUCACUUGAUGCCCAGAAUCAAAGCCGGGGGAGAUAGUCAAGCAUCCGUUCUUCUUCUAUACUCCAAAGGAUAAGGCAUGUUCUGACGUUAGUUACAUUGAAAUAAGCAUGUCACUCAGACGCUUUGCCGAUCCUUUUAUUUUUUCAUGCAUCCGCUUUGCGUUAGGGUAGGUCCAUUAUCAUUCGGCGAAGGAUUUGUAAAAUUGAUUUGGAUUGUGGGCAACAUUAGUUGCAAAUAUUCUUUUUUGUGUCGGGUGUAAUCUUUAUAGUUUAUUAUUUCUGAUCUGCAUAAGUUGCUAUUUUAAUCGUGACGAAAUUAAACCUGGUUUAUUCUCACAGUUCAAGCCGAGCAUGGAGAAGGACAAGGACCCAAUGGGGGGGAUCAUGGAUCUGAUGAAGGUGAGUCUCCUGCCUGAAUUCCCCCCUCCCUCUCUCUCUCUCUCUCCCUCUCUCUCUCUCUCUCUCUCUCUCUCUGUCUCUCUCUAGGGCUGACAUGGAGUUGCGUCUGCUGCCAGAACAUGUACGAGGAAGGGGACGAGGACAUGAAGCGGACCAUCGCCAAAGCCUGGAGCGACGCCCGAUCGGGGAAGACAGCCGACCCGCUCAAGGGGGCCUUCCCAUAG